UUUAAACCCCGGCAGAAAAGCAAAUUACCAAACCAGAUUUCUACAAAAACAAAAUGUUAAACCGGCAUAAAACAAAUAACCAAACCAAACCAAAUUUCUCGGUUAAACCAGAUCCAGCAUUUUUAUAUAACGAAGUCAACAACGCCUUUUUUUUUCACUCGCGUUUUUAUUUUCUCUCGUCUCUCGUCUCUCUUCUCUCUUUCUUGAUUUUCUUGGAGAAAAAGCUAUCGAUUCCAUCUCUCUCUCUACUGCUAAACAUGGAAGGAGACACAUCAGAGACUCCAUGGGGUGAAGUACCAAGAAGAGAGAGAAGCAUGCUAAAAAGGAAGGCGAGAGUUCACGACGACGGCCAAGGCAACGUUGCGGAGGAGACGACGGAAACGACGACGACACCUGAAUGGGUUGUGAAGCUGAUGAAGAAAUAUGAAGGCUAUGAUGCUAAUCAGAUUAUGGAGUUGAAAGAACUCAAAGCUACUGAUCUAGACCCCAAUCAAGGUCGACUCUCGCUACCUAAACAUGUGGAUAGAAUCUUCUUGAGCAUUGGCGAACUAGGAACCCUAGCUACAGGUCCCAAGAAAGGGGUACACUGUCUCUUUAUUGUUAGUGAAGAAAAAGUUCAUGCUGUUGAGUUGAGAGAUUGGGCGAAUGGGUUAGUUUUAGCAAAGGGGUGGCGUAAGGUGAUUGACGAGGAAGUGUUUAAGAUUGGUGAAAAGUACCCUCUUUGGUCUUUCCGCUCAAGAAACAAUGAGGAUAAGCUUUGUUUCACUCUGGUUAAACCUGACCAAGUAGACCCCAUCGAAGUCCUUCCCAACGUCGACGAUAAAGAUGCGAAGCUAAGUGAUACAGAGGAAGAAGAAGUUGCAAACAAAAACGAGGCUGAAUCUUCUUUAGCUGGCCAUGACCAUCCACCUGAGUCUCCCGCUGGUGUCAGCUCUCUUCCUGGCGAAGAUUUGGAUUUAUCUUAUCAGGACGCCAACGGUGAUGGCUAUCUUCCCACCGAAGCAGAACUCAACAGCUUUCAUAUCCUUCCGUGACGAUUCUGCCUGAUUCUGAAAUGAUUUUGUCAAUAUCAGUACGUGAUACUUUGAUUGCUGAUAGAUAGGUUUAGCAGCUGUUGCUUCCUUCUUUAUUUUGGUGUGAGAGUGAACAUAUUACCACGCAAAAUGUAAAGUUCUUUUUCUUUUGGUUAUGUUUGUGUAGACAUUUUCUUAGACUCUGUGGAUUCUACAAGAUAUGUUAAGAGUUGCA